AUGAAUAUUAACGAGCCAAAGAGAGGCGGUGGAUUCGCCAUCCCCUUCCUCAACACCAACAAGAGGAAGGAGAGGGCAAUCCGAAGGAAGGAGAGCUUCAAUUCUCUACGAUCAAACCGCAUUCCGUUCUUGCAUCACCUGCCUGACAAUAUCCGCAACCAUUUCGUUGCUACCAGUGCUGAGUUUGCUGGCACCACCCUGUUCCUCUUCUUCGCAUUUUCAGGGACACAGGUUGCUUUGCUGGCAUCGCCCGCGAGUACCACCAAUGAAGUCGGUACGCUGAGUGAUCCUAGUCAAUUACUCUUCAUUGCCUUGAGCUUUGGAUUUUCUUUAGCAGUCAAUGCUUGGGUAUUCUUCCGAAUCAGUGGUGGUCUCUUCAACCCAGCUGUAACGCUAGGAAUGUGUCUUGUUGGUGCACUACCUUACAUUCGUGGUAUUUGUCUUACGGUCGCUCAAAUCCUGGGAGGAAUCACCGCAGCCGCAAUCUGCUCAGCCCUCUUCCCUGGACCUCUAACAGUUCGCACCAAUCUCGGCGGUGGUACAUCAGUGGUGCAAGGUCUUUUCAUCGAAAUGUUCCUUACAGCAGAAUUAGUCUUCACAAUCUUCAUGCUUGCAGCAGAGAAGCACAAAGGAACAUUCAUCGCCCCAAUCGGCAUCGGACUUUCCCUCUUCAUCGCUGAACUCACAGGCGUCUACUUCACCGGCGGAUCCGUGAACCCAGCCCGCUCCUUCGGCCCCUCAGUCGUCUCCCAUCAAUUCCACACCUACCACUGGAUCUACUGGGUCGGACCCAUCCUCGGUUCCCUCCUCGCCUCCGGCUUCUACCUCUUCAUCAAGAUGCUCGAAUACGAAACCGCAAACCCAGGCCAAGACCGCUCCAAAGAAGAAAAGGGAGAGCACUUCAACCCGGACGCCCAUGCGCGCGUCUCCUUCGCGGCUGAAGACUACGCUGAGCAAGGCAUGGCCGGUCCGAACCCGAAUGGGAACCUGAGAAGAAUCGGGACCCCGAAGGAAUAUGGUGCUGAGAGGCGACCGUUCUCGGAUUCGCCUGCGCCGCCGCAUCCUAAUGAUCAGUUUGCGGGGUUGGCGGAUGGGGGCAUGCAUGCUAACGAAGUCAUCAAGCCGAUGGAUACGAGGGGGUCGGGGUCGGAGCAGACGUUGGGUGGGAAUUCGGUGUCUCAUACGGGCACGAUGGCGCAAAAGAGUGCUAUCAAGCCUGGUAGUAGGAAUGGGGUUCCAAGUGGUGGCAAUGAAGGCAGUCUGAGGAAUAAUACUUAUAAUAAUAUGAAUAUGGGACGGGGUUUGCCUGGUGAUGAGGAGUUUUAUGAUAAAGCUUAAACGAAGGGGAAUAAGGAUUACGAUGUACACGACUUUGAAUUUUAUAACAGCAACGAAGCGAGGAGUUUGGAAAUGUAUAUAAUUUACUCACUGGAAUUGAAU